UAUUGCUUCUGACCUUGCAGGAACGGUUUACCAUGCCCACUUGGCCCCACUCCCGGAUGCCUCCAACCAUUCCGGAAUGGUGCUCGGUCUGUCGGAAAUGAUCAACCUCCUAGCUCCGAAAACCCUCGCGAUUCUAGUGCUGAACGAAACCAAAAUCGACAAGAUCGAUCGGCUGACCGUGAUGAUCCACCACUACAACAUCCCCACCUGCAUCUUCAACAACCUGGACGAAUACUUCCGGUACAUCGGCAGCAACUUGAAGAAAUCGCUGGAAACCACCAGUUUGCUGUUCUGCCACCCGGAGAAAAUGCUCGAGGAUCUCAUCGAACGCCGCCUGGCGCACCGUUUGAGCCUGUACAUCUUCUACUGGGGAGUACGGAAGGUACCGACCCAGCUGGAUCGGUCACUCCUACGGGAACCCCUUCGGGUGGCAGUCAUUACCAAUCCUCGGAAGAACAUUUUCCGGAUAUUCUACAACCAGGUCAAGCCGAACAACCGAGGGGAGCUGCUGAGUACAAAUUGGUUCGACGGAAACGACAUGACAUUCCAGAAGGUUCCCCUGCUGCCAACUCCAACUACGGUGUACAAGAACUUUGAGGGGCGCGUGUUUACGAUUCCGGUUAUUCAUAAACCACCGUGGCAUUUCGUCACCUACAGCAAGUUGAAUGAAUCGUCCUACAAUGAUACGGAGACGGACCAGUUGGAGCUAAGCACCAACAGUACGGAAAAUGAGGAAACCGUCUUCAAGGUGACUGGCGGAAGGGAUCACAAUCUGAUACAGCUGAUCGCUCAUCGGAUGAACUUCAGCUUCAAGUACAUUGAUCAAGAGGAUCGGAUACAGGGAACGGCGAUUGGUCCAGCGGAGAAUGCCACCUUUACGGGAGCUCUCGGUAUGUUACAGCGACGCGAAGUAGAUCUGUUCCUAGGCGAUGUUGCCGUGACAUGGGAACGGAUGCAAGCAGUGGAGUUUUCCUUUUUUACUCUAGCCGAUUCGGCAGCGUUCGUUACGCACGCUCCGAGGAAGCUCAGCGAAGCGUUGGCUUUGGUAAGACCUUUUCAGGUGACGGUAUGGCCACUGGUGCUGCUGACCAUCAUGAUGUCCGGACCGAUUCUUUACAUGAUUAUUGCUAUGCCUUACCGGUUGGAGGAUUGGUCUCGCGGUAGGAUGGCACGGACGAGGCGGUUCAAGAUCCAGCGGGGUCCUUCGUUCUACCACAUGCAGUACAUUCAGGAAAUGAACCACGGUGCUUUGCCCGGAGGGGCGGAGAUAGCAGGGACGCCUCAGCAUCCAACGCUGGAUCGCUGCAUCUGGUACACGAUCAACGUUUAUCUGAGGCAGUCUGCCACCAUCCCGUACAAUGGUCACGUAUCCCGAUUCUUUUCGAUCCUUCUGUGGCUAUGUGCGACGUACGUCCUAGGUGACGUUUACUCUGCUCAACUGACGUCCCAACUAGCCCGACCUGCUCGUGAAGGACCGAUAGAUACUCUUGGCAAAUUGGAGAUCUUCAUGCAACGCGAUGGCUACCAGCUACUGGUGGAACGGCAAAGUGCCUUCCAAGCGGCUCUGGUCAACAGUACCGGCAUCCUGCAGCGGCUGUAUCGAAUUACCCAACAGCAGUCGCACAACGAAUCCUAUCUGGUAUCAUCCGUUGAGGAAGGAAUUCGCAUCCUGGUAGACAAUUCCAAACGGGCCGUGUUUGGAGGUCGCGAGACGCUCUACUUCAACACGAAGCGCUACGGAGCUCAUCGCUUUCAGUUGAGCGAGAAGCUAUACACGCGGUACUCGGCCGUAGCCGUGCAGUUCGGAUCACCGUUUUUGGACAGUUUAAAUGAAGUGAUCAUGCGCCUGUUCGAGGCGGGAAUAAUCGAGAAAAUAACGAUCGCCGAGUACGAGCGGAUGUUCGGCAGCCAUAUUGGACAGUUCGAUGACGAAUCGGUGAUGACGACCAAACCGGACAGCGUGGAAGGAGAUAGUGGGAAAGCGAAGAAGGCUGCUGAGAGUAACGAGAAGCUGAAGCCCAUGAACCUGCGGAUGUUGCAGGGGGCCUUCCUGGCGCUGGCAUGUGGACAUUCGCUGGGUGCCAUCGCUCUUGUGCUGGAAAAUAAAUCCAAAUGCAUCCAGUUGACAUUCGGGCGGAUUAAAAUGUGCCUCCAUUGGAUUGGCCGGAUCUUCUGUAAAAUCGGGAGGGCGAUUUGCCGACUGUGGGCUCGGCUACAGCGAGAUGAUUGAAACAUUUCCCGUUACCAUUUGAAUUUGCGUGAAAUAUUUCGCAGUUUUUCUUUGUUUUGGUUUAUAGGUUACCUUACUUUGUUUACAAACAAAAUCACAGCCGGCGCAC